AUUGCCAGCGUUCCUAUUACUGUGUUUCAGGCUGCCAGUACGCCGCUUAAUCCUCUAAGCUUUCAGUGUGGAUUUGUGAAACUCAGGAUUGACCUUCUGCAAGCUUUUUCUCAACUUAUUUGUACCUGCAACAGCCUAAAAACAAGUCCACCACCAGCUAUUGCCACAACAAUUGCUAUGACGUCAGGAAAUGAUCUCCAAAGGUGUGGACGCAUCUCUAACCAGAUGAAACACUCAAUGGAGGAAUUCCGAAACCUGGCUACACGGUAUGGAGAUCUGUAUCAGUCAUCUUUUGACGCAGACUCAGCGACUCUAAGGAAUGUAGAACUACAACAGCAGAGCUGCCUGUUGAUUUCACAUGCAAUAGAAGCUCUGAUUUUGGAUCCAGAAUCUGCAAGUUUCCAGGAGUAUAGCUCGAAUGGAACAGCACAUGUUGAGAGUGAAUAUGAAAGAAGAAUGAUGUCAGUAUUUAAUCAUGUACUGGAAGAAGUGGAAUCCCUCAACAGGAAGUAUGCUCCUGUGUCUUACUUGCAUACAGCUUGUCUGUGCAAUGCUGUCAUUGCAUUGUUGAAGGUACCCCUUUCGUUUCAAAGGUACUUUUUUCAAAAGCUGCAGUCUACAAGCAUUAAGCUUGCUCUAUCCCCAUCUCCGAGGAACCCAGCAGAACCUAUUGCAGUACAGAACAAUCAGCAGUUGGCCCUAAAAGUGGAAGGAGUGGUUCAGCAUGGAUCUAAACCAGGCCUUUUCCGUAAAAUCCAAUCUGUCUGUCUAAAUGUCUCUUCAGUGCUGCAGAGCAAAUCUGGACAAGACUAUAAGAUUCCUAUUGACAACAUGACCAAUGAAAUGGAGCAGAGGGUGGAACCACACAACGACUACUUCAGCACUCAGUUUCUGUUAAACUUUGUGAUACUUGGCACCCACAACAUCACAGUAGAGUCCUCUGUAAUAGAUUCAAAUGGUAUUGUCUGGAAAACUGGGCCUAAGACAACUAUUUUUGUUAAAUCUCUAGAGGAUCCAUACUCCCAGCAGGUUCGUCUUCAGCAACAGCAAGGACAGCCGCCAUCACAGCAGCAACAGCAAAGAACAGCAUACUCACGGUUUUAA